GUUGUCAGGCCCGCUAGCCUAGCGCCUCGCCGUCGCCGCCAUUGCUUUCGCUCACUCGCUACUCUGCCGACGACCGGCGGAAACACGAAAGCACACUGCGCCGGAUCAUUAUGUGCAGAGCAGGAUUUGCGCGGACACGCGGCGACAUCUAACCUUUCCCGGUCGAACUCAUAAGAAUACCAUCAGCUCGGCUGCAUCACCGGUGAUGCACCACACAACGCUGCACAGCGCGUUAUACUCGUUACUCCCCAUGCAGUGUACAUCAAUGCCAGUAUACUGUGAAGGUUAGCUGAUGUACAGAACUGAUGCUGAGUUGUUCUUGGAGAAUCAUUUAUGAUAGACCCAUACUAUUAUUAGAAUCUCCAACACCAACAAAAGAGCACGAGUUUUGGCCUGUGCGUGUUCUUGACAGCUUGACAGCAUCUCAAAAGACCAUCAGAAACAAGCCAAACCCACGACAAUGACAGCAGCAGCGGAAAAGUGCGUCUCCAGAGCCGAGCGUCCUCCCAUGCCAGAACCGACGGCCAAUGCCGACGGUGAGCCGGACCUCCAGCCCCCAUCAGCCAAGGAGGAAAAGACCACUAGCAUGCGUGUCAUCACUGCUGUGCUGGUGGGACUGGCCCUUCCCCACUUCGUGCUCGGGGGGAUCUGCUCGGCUGCUGGUAUCGUCCUCUUUGGCCAGUCGCCAAUCUGGCUGGCCUACACCGUGGCGCCCAUCUGGAGUGGCAGUUGUGUUGUUGUAUGUGGUGGAUUUGGCAUCGCUUCAGCGAAGAGCAAGACUGCGUACGGGAUUCUGUGCUUCACUGCUUCCUCGGUGGUCAGCCUGAUCGCCUGCAUCGUCAGCAUCCAGCUGCUUCGCCUGGGCCUGGUCAACCACACCACGGACGGUCAGACCUUCAUGAAGGACUCCAUGGACUCUCUGGUCAUGGUGGCGCUGUCUACCACGGCAGUAGCCUGCGCCUUCAGCGUGCUGUCGGCCAUUGCGAGCAGCCUGAUCGCCUGGCAGCUCAAGAAGGAGCAGAAGAUAAGGGGCAGGCGGCGGGUCUUGUCCAAGGAGGAGAUGAUUGCAGAGAGACAAAAACAACUCAAACAGCAAAAAGAACAAGAAAAGAAAGUGCUGGAUCGGAUUGAGAAGGAGCGAACUCGAGCUGGAAGGUACCACAGGAUUUGAAAGGAAAAGGAGAUUAUAUCAGCCCCGGUAAACAUUUCUACUAGAUUAAAAAACGGGCCCUGUUGACAAUAAUAGUAGGUAUUUAUUUAACAACUGGUAAUGGAGGUUUGAAAUCGAUAGAGAAGAGCAUUCCACGGUACAUGUAUUCCAUAACAAAAUGGCUGAAAUAAAAAUAGAUUUACAAGAGCUUCAAGUUCCUGAUCUGUAUUUAUCAUAGUACAUGUACAUGUAUGUUAAAAAUUAUCUCAUACACUCUUGUCCAGAAAAUGGUUCCGUCUUUGAAGGUACGGUUUUCAAACUCAUUUCAGAUAUCAAAAAAACACAUUGUAAAUAAUUCUUUUGACAUUUUGUAAAAAGUUGAUGUAUUUGUGAGACUCAGUCUAAAAAUAUAGACACUUAAACGUGCAGACUUGUUGUAAAGUACAUGUAGUUAAACAAGCAGAUUAAGUAUACUUGAUAAAGGAGAUAGUUUUAUAAUUGUACACAGAACAUUGAAAUCAUGGCUGAAGACUUAAAGAAAUUAUUCAAUUAUUCCAGUAAUACCUAUAUAAUUAAAACCAUAUUUUAUAAGGGUAGCCCUCCCAGUUAACACUAAUGAACAGGAACCCUCACUACAAUUAUAAACAUGCAAUGCGGCUAGUGUGUAAUGUGCUUACGUUAAAACCCCAACCUCGUCCCAAGGCUUUCUUUAUUUUCAACCUCGUUUCCAAUAGUAACGUACCGUACGUACACACCUUCCCAAAAAAUAAUCCUUUCCUUUCCAAUUUGCUCAUAUUAAUAUGAAAUGUGAUACUGCAUAACUCACGAUGCAACGAAUUUAUUCUGUUUUCACCAGGCAUCAGACUAUUCCUCAUUUGCAUACGUAUCCACAAUUGUUGGAUAUGCAAAUGAUCCAAUACCAGGGCGUGUUUUCGAGACCGUGACCAGAAACAUAUGUUUUGGCUUUGGUCAUUGGUUGAGCGUUUUCGUGACUUCGGUUGGCUGGAGUGACGUCACUGCUCCGACCAAAACCGAACAAAGGCCAAGGGUCGGUUUCGGAGUACAUUUCAAGAUGUCGGAAAGGUAAAUACACGACAUAAAUUUUAACAAAACAGUGUUGGGAAAAAUAGGCUUGUAAUAUACGUACAUCGUAAGUUUGUGCAUUUUAAGUGGCCUGUAAUAAAAUGUUUAUAUAAGAAUGGCCAUCCCAUUUACACCCUCCUCCAUGAUUGUUUACAACUUGUUGACACUGUUUUCGGUCCAGCGACCAGCGUUUUUGUGUGCAUGUGCAAACAUGUUUCUGGUUAUCCAUUUGACGUCACAAACAUUUUUUUUUUGGUCACGGUCGCGAAAAUACGCCCCAAGGUGGGAGAGCAGGUAGUGGUGGGAGCGUUCUGCUUGACACAUACACUGGGAAAGAGGUUUUAAAACCCGUAUUGUAUUCUGAUGUUUAUAAUUACGUUCGUUUUGUUUUUUAAAAUGCUUUAUUGCUCAAA